AUGCAUUUCACCAGGAGCUUGCUGGCGGCGGUCGCUCUGCCCGUCGCCUGGGCCAUUACCCCAGAGGCUAUGCUGUCGGCAAACCGGUACUCUGAUGCCGUGCCCAAUCCCUCCGGAGAAUUUGCUCUCUUCACGGCUAGCAAGUACUCUUUCCAGUCUGGUUCGCGACGGAGCUGGUGGAACAUUUUGGAUCUCAAGACCGGCGACAUCUCCGUUUGGUACAACGGAUCCGACAUUUCCGAGGUUGUCUUUGCCGGUCCGACUCCGACCAGCAUCAUCUACCUCAACGGCACCAACGCCGAAGAGGAUGGAGGCGUUAGCCUGUAUACCGCGGACCUCCACUCGCCGACCAAUGCCACCCUGGUGGCCUCUCUGCCGGCUCCCUACUCCGGACUCAAAGCGGCGCGCACAUCCUCUGGUGACAUCAAUUUCCUGCUCACCGCCAAGGCAUACCCCAACGGAACUGACUACUGGCUGACCCCCCAGAAAAAUGCUGUUUUCGGAGGUGUCCUCAAGUCUGGUAGCGGUGGUUACUCACUCUCCGGUAACCUCACCAACUAUGUCACUGGAAUAUGCGACGUUACCUGCGCCGAGAGCCCAUACGACCUCAACGGAGCCAGCGAUUACGAGCUCUCCCCGGAUGGCAGCAAGGUCGCUUUCAUGACCAAGGAUAUCGGACUUCCCCUCGCCAACACGACAAGCACCCAGAUCUACCUUGUCCCCUUCACCGGCACCGCCAAGGAUGCCGUCCCAAUCAACCCCCGUAGCAGCAGCGCCAAGUACCCCGAGGCCCAGGGCGCCUCGGCAAGCCCCUUUUUCUCUCCCGACAGCAGCAAGAUUGCAUACGUGCAGAUGAACGGCAUCAACUACGAAUCCGACCGCUCCAUCCUGUACGUCGCCGAUGCCAACGGUGACAAGGAAAAGGGCUUCAACAUCACCAGGCUGGCUGGCGAAUGGGAUCGGUCGGCAAACUCGGCCAAGUGGUCGCACGACGCCGAGACCAUAUUUGUCGACGCGGCAGACCUUGGUCGUUCUAGGGUGUUUGCGGUACCCGUCACUGCUGGCGAUUCGUAUGUGCCCAAGAACAUCACCGACGAGGGUUCUGUCGCUGGAUUCUACCCGCUUUCGGAUGGCUCUGUGCUCGUCUCGGACUCCAAGAUCUGGUCGAGCCGGGACAUUCACACGGUGUCGGGUGAGGGCAAGGGUUCCACCAAAGUCUACUUCCAGGCCAACACUGCCGACUCGGAGCUGGCCGGCCUCAGCGCAGCCGACGUGUCCGAGUUUUACUACAGCAGCAACACCACCGAGAACAAGCAGCAGGCCUGGGUGAUCCACCCAACCGGCUUUGACAGCACAAAGAAGUACCCCCUGGCUUUCAUCACCCACGGCGGACCACAAGGAGCACACAGCAACAGCUGGAGCACACGCUGGAACUUUAGGGUAUGGGCGGACCAGGGCUACGUUGUCGUUGCUCCCAACCCAACCGCAUCGACGGGUUUCGGCCAGAACCUGACCGAUGCCGUGUCGGGACGGUGGGGAACUGUGUACUGGGAUAUUGUGCACGCUUGGGAAUACGUGAGGGAUAAUCUGGACUAUGUCGACACGGAGAAUGGAAUCGAGGCGGGAGCGAGCUUCGGUGGUUACAUGACCAACUACAUCCAAGGUCAGCCGCUGGGUCGCGAGUUCAAGGCGCUUGUCACCCACGACGGCGUCACUUCAACUCUAAACCAGUACGCGACGGACGAGCUUUGGUUCAUGAACCACGACUUCAACGGCCCCUUCAACGCAUCGUCCAACCAACCCGGCUCGCCGUACUACGACUGGAACCCGCUACGUUACAUUGACAACUGGGCCACGCCGCACUUUGUGAUCCACAACGACCUAGACUACCGUCUGCCCGUGUCCGAGGGCGUCAUGCUGUUCAACCUGCUGCAGGUUAAGGGAGUGCCCAGCAAGUUCCUCAACUUCCCCGACGAGAACCACUGGGUCACCAAGCCGGAGAACAGCCUGGUUUGGCACAAGGAAAUCUUCAAGUUUAUCAACUACUACAGCGGCGUGGAUAACUCGACCAGUCCGUUUUAA